GGCGAAUCUUUCAACUCUGUGCAAUCUUCACCUUUCCAUACGUUCUCUUACGUCGACAUGACCACGGAAGAAGUUUCCACUCCAGUAGCUCCUAUUCAGCCCUUACCAUCGCUUCCUCACCCAUCAGGACUGCUGGGUACAUCCUCCACUGCAUACCUAACCUUGAACGAAUCCCGCCAAGGAAGAGAGAGUUUAGACAAAUUUAAGCAGACAUUGCUUGAUGGUGGUGCAGGUUACAAUCUAGAUCCUCCUGGUCCUUCACAUCUCCCACCACUGCCUUCCAUCCCCAUCCCUCCCAAACGUCAUUCCAAACCUAGCACCUCACUUCCUUCGAAGACUCCUCGUCCGAUAUCUAGACCUCGCAUACCGGAUGAAUCCCCUUUCGCUAAUGCUUCGACAGUCGGAGACUGUAUCGAUGCAUAUGGCUCUAGCUCGGUAGUGGUCCAAAAUGCGACGUUACUGGUCGAUCUAAGCUCAUAUGGUUCCGCAUGGAUAUUUCUGAAGCAAUUGCCUGGUCCAGGGGACGAGUCAAAGCUUCAAGUGGAGUGUGUCAAGCUGUAUACAGGCUCCGAUCCGAAUCCGCCCCCGUUGCAUUCCUUCUCCAUUGAACCACCAAGACGAGCCCUCGGUCGGAGUCUGACCAAUCUACGUUUAUCACUUCCCGAGCUGCUUGUGAGUCCAUCUUGUCGCACCAGCUGAUACCACAGUGGCGACUGAAAGCUCUACAAGAAAUUGCAGACCAUCCUUGUCUCUUCUGCAACAGGCGGCUCCACCCUCAUGACGGUAUACCGAUACAGACCGGCUGGAUACCACCACAACAUGAAUCUGGGACAGGGUCUCCGUCCGAAGUACAAGAUAUCAAGAUGGAGGGUGACGGCAAAUGGGUCCACUGGCAUCCAUCUUGCCAACCUGCGU